AUGUGGGCCAUAUUGGAUCAGUUCUUUUGUGACGAAGGGCAAAUGGUUUUUGCUUACCUGUCACAGCUAGCUCAGGAAGUUUGGUCAACAGUGGCAAUAGAGCAAGACUUUGGUAGACUGCCCUGUUCACAUUGUACUGAAUUCAAAUAUCGAAUAUUUCUGGUAACUGAGUUACGUUGGAAGGAGGGCUCUGUUGAGAGUGGUCGACAUCAUCUCUUAAAGACUAUUGACUCAUAUAUAGCAGAUGAGAGAGUAGGGCUAGUGAAGCCUUCUGAAGGGGUGGAGUUGUACCUCUGUCCUUCUCAAGGGAAGGCAGCUCAGAUACUUGCUGACCACCUGCCAAAGGAGCACUUGGGUAGUUUUACUGUGCCUGGAACAUCUAUCAUCGGAGUCGUUGUGUGGCGAAGACCCCAUGCCUCAUCUAGGGUGCCCAACAGGCAAGAGGACUCCAAGAAGCAGGCUGCCACUUCUGGUUCAGCUAUGCCCAUGAUCUCUCAGCCAUCAUCUCGCUCUUCCAAUGCUUCUCAUCAGGAAGUUGUAACCGCUGAUGUUCCUCCUGGCUUUGGUUCUGGUGUUGUUAGGGAUGAUGAUGACCUACCUGAAUACAAUUUCGUUAGCGUGUCAAACUCGGCUGCCAAUGUGACAGUGCCACAGAGUUACAGGAGCCAUCAGCAUCUACCUCUCAGUUCUCCUCCGACAGACCGAGUGAGAGAAUUGAUUCGCAAGUAUGGUAACAGAUCUGCUGCAGCCCAACCCUGGAACAGCAAUGGCGACGACGAUGACUUGCCAGAAUGGGAUCCGUGUUCUCAAGGUAACCUCCAGCAGGCGCGGAUUCCACAGCCACGUUACCCUUAUCAACACCAUGAGCAGCUGCAGUACCAUUCCUUGCUUCAGCAAUCGCAAAGCUCAUUGUCCCAGGCAUACCCCCAGCAGCACCAGCAUGUUGCCAUGCCCGUGCAUGCUCAGUCGCUGACCUACAGCCACCCAACGCAGCCUGCUCAGCAAUCCUACUUCGGUGUACCAGACGAUGGCAGUGGGUCCUACGUCAAUGGUGUAAUCCAUGGCACCGGGAAGGCGGGAGCCAAUGGAUGA